GGGGAACAAAUCAUUUCUGUCUAUAAUAAUCAACACAAGUUGAAACAAAACAAAGCACUGCUUUUUUGCUUCUUACACACAGCAUUUUGUGGAAUCUGAUUUUCCCACUUCUCUGCCUUUUAUCCCAUUCUAUAUUUACACAAACAAAACUGUGUUAUGAUGAUCUCCAUCUCUUGUUACUACCAAUAUGCUUGAUUUCCUUUGAAAUAUCAGAUUAUAUUGUCGCUUUCAACAAUAUUAAUAGAUUAAUACAUGAUCUUUACUGAUCUCGCUCGGUGUGCACACACCUCUUUCAUCUUUACGCUCUUCUUUUUUGGUUUCUUCUUCGUUAAAGUCAAUGGGGCCUAUCUGAGUGGAUAAACGGGAAAGAAAAAGCUGGAAUUCGAAUUUGCUUUCCCAGUAAAGGAAUUGGGUUGAUAUAGUUAUCGGUUGUGAUUGGUUAGCGGGUACUGCUGCUGCUGGGGGUGGUGCAGGCGGCGAUGGAGAGGAAUUACGGAGGUGGAAGCGGCAGAUAUCCGUAUGAGGAUGGGGUGGUGAUGACGAGAGACCCGAAGCCGAGGCUAAGGUGGACGGCUGCUCUGCACGACCGCUUUGUCGAUGCUGUCACUAAACUUGGUGGCCCCGAUAAAGCAACUCCGAAGUCUGUGCUGAGGUUGAUGGGCAUGAAGGGCUUGACACUAUACCAUCUGAAGAGUCAUUUACAGAAAUACAGACUUGGACAGCAGUCGCUGAGACAAAAUACUACAGAACAAGCCAAAGAGAGCAGUGGGAGCACCUAUGUACAUUUCAGUAAUCACUCCUUGGGGACUAGUACCAAUUCUUCAAGAAGUGAUAAUGAACAAGGAGAAAUCCCACUUGCAGAAGCGCUCAAGCAUCAGCUCGAAGUUCAGAAAAGAUUACAAGAGCAGCUUGAGGUACAGAGGAAGCUGCAGAUGAGAAUAGAGGCCCAGGGAAAGUACUUGCAAGUUAUAUUGGAGAAAGCGCAAAAGAGUCUCUCCCCAGGUAGUGUAGAAGCAGCAAGAGCUCAGUUAAACGACUUCAAUUCAGCUCUAUCCAACCUCAUGGAGAAUAUGAAUGAAGAAGAGAGAAAAGAACGCAUGCUAGAGAUGAAUGACAUUUAUAGAAAGGCCAAUGGUUCAACCAUCCAAAACUAUUGCGAGGGAGAGGGAGGAGGAGGAGGAGGAGAACACAAGGAUGCUAAACUCGAGGUAGAACGUGGUCUGAUACAAUUUGACUUGAAUACCAAAGGUAAUUAUGACUUUGCUGCUGCAGAUGGAGCUGGCUUUGGAACCCCAAAUGCUUUCCUAUAGGAGAUAGAAAAAUGGCAUGAUAUAUAUUUUUCUUACACUUUGAUGACAUACAAGUGAUCACCCUUUUAGCACUUGCUUAUAAAUGUUUGCAUUUGGGGUUUAACAACAAUUUUAACUGA